CGUGAGGUGUGACUUCGAAGUUAGCUUGUUCGUUACACCGUUGCCGUCUAACUCGAGAAGGCCUCCAAUCAUUCGACAAAGAUAAUUAACGUUGAUGGUCUACACAGGAACAUGCGAACCGGUGCACUGCAGGCUGAAAUGUAAACGGUAAAUAAUGAAUUAGUUGUAGUAUACCUCAGUCCAGAAUGUGCAGUAGAUGACUUCCUCUUAUGAAAACUUAAUUCCUGGUGAAAUACGAGUCAAAGCCCCAUAGUAGUGUAGCGGUAAAUAAAUCCAAAAAAUAAGUAGUUCUAGGAUAUUUUCGACGUAAAAGAUGUUGAUAAGGACGGAAAAAAGUUUGACAAAGUGUCAAGAUUGUUUUGUGAAAGUGAAUCAUUCAAAAUGGGAUUGAUUUUGGAUAUUCAUGCCUUAAUAUAUGGUCUUUCAAAGGGUGACAAGUUUCGAAUGGUGCUUACCAAAACAUUGUUGAAUGAACUUGGGACGGAUGCUGACGAUGAUGAUGAAGACGAUGCAGCAGAUGAGACUGAUGAGAAGCUAGCGAACAGCAAGAUGGCGGAGUUCGAUUAUGUUUGUUACGGGAAGAUUUAUCGGAUAGAAACCCAAGAUAGUGGAGUUGAUGCAAGUAGAUUGUCAUGUUAUGUAUCCUUUGGUGGAUUACUCAUGCAACUGACAGGAGAUGCCAGUAAUUUGCAAGGUUUCCGAGUCGGGAAACACUUGUAUUUAAUGAUAAAAAAGUUGGCAUUUUGAAUUCAUUGUUAUCUUUAAUUGUACAUAUAUCAUCAAGUUUCUCAUCCGUAAAAAAAAACAAAGUCAGAAACCUAAUAUUUUUAUUGCAAAAAUUUCCCUGCUGUAUUUUCC